AUGAAACGAGAUAUUAAAACGCUCGCGCGCGAGCUUGAUGGGGAGACGGUCGAGCUCCUCGAGAAGUUGGGAGAGGGUGGUCAAGGCAGCGUCUGGCGCGCGCGAGUGUGCGAUGAGUACUUCGCGCUCAAGUGGUACGAACCAGGCUCGAGUCAGGAGAUCUCGCGACGCCUCUCGAGGCUCAUCGCCAUCGGUCGCCCCUCUGACGCGUUCCUGUGGCCUGUGGCGGUGGUUCGAGACACCGAGGACAAGGGUUUUGGAUACCUGAUGCCCAUGCUCGAGCCCGGUUAUCGCGCCGUGACGGAGUUGAUGAGUGGCGCGGUCGAGAUCUCGUAUCAAGCGCUCGUGACGAGCGCCGCGCGCCUGGCCGGAGCGUUCCGUGAUCUCCACGCGAGGGGCAUGUGUUACGGGGACAUCAACUUCGAGAAUAUUUUCAUUCAUCCACACACAGGAGCGAUCCUUAUCUGUGACAACGAUAACGUGGUCGUCGAUGGUGAUGAGACCUCGGUGCUCGGCACGAUGCGUUUCAUGGCGCCCGAGAUCGUUCGGGGCGAGGGGCGGCCGUGCGCGGACACGGACCGGUGGUCCCUCGCUGUGCUUCUGUUUUACAUGUUCAUGGUGCAUCACCCGUUGGAGGGGGCGCUCGAGCAAAACAUUCGCUGCCUCGAUCUCCCUGCGAUGGAGCAGCUAUAUGGCUACGCGCCGCGAUUUAUCUUCGACCCUGAUGACGUGAGCAAUCGACCCGACCCGGAGCGUCAGCAAAGCGUCAUACUCUACUGGGGUAUUUAUCCGCUCUUCUUGAAGGAUCACUUCACGCGCUCCUUCACGGAGGGAAUCGCUGAUCCUCGCGAUGGGCGAGUGCGUGAGACCGAGUGGAUCGAGGUGAUGCGCCGCCUGCUCGACUCGCUCUGUCCUUGCCCUUGUGGUGCAGACAACUUCUACGAUGUCGAUGUGUUGCGCGCUGCUCCUCUGACCCGCGCGCGGUGUUGGGAUUGUGGUGCCAGGAUUUCUCUCCCUGCGCGCAUGAGGCUCGAGGAUGGCCGCGUGAUCAUCUUGAGAGAGGGCACCACGCUGUGCGGGCACCACCUGUUGAAGUUUCCGGGCGAUCGAGGAGACGACGUGUUCGCUGUCGUGAGGCGUGAUGAGCGCGGGCACCUCGCGCUCUCGAACGUGAGCGAACAGACGUGGCGUAUGAACUUUAUCGGGAAGCCGUGGACGGAUCUGAGGCCUGGAGAGGAGCUCUCGUUGGAGUCGUGCGUGGCGAUUCUCUUCGAGGAUACGCGAGAUAUGCCAAAGCUCUACAUCAAAACGAAAAGCGGCCCGAGAGCGAUCGACAUCGCGACCAGAGCGAAGCUCGAUGAGGAGCUCGCGCGGCGAGGUAAGAACACCAGGAUCUCGCUCGAUGGCGGCGAAACAUACAAGAAGAAGAAAGAAUACGGCGAGCUCGAUUGGGACGGGUUCCUCUUUGCGAGCGCCGAUAAAACGCCUGAACCCGUCGAAGAGAGGAAAACGAUCGUGUCACAAGGAAGGAAAAAAGCGCAACAAAACAAGGCAGCUCCGAUCCCGGCGCCUGCUCCGUUCGACAGCUCCGAGUUGGAGAAGGCGAUCGUCGCCACGCGCGAGCACAUCAGCCGCUCGCUCGAGACAAUCGCGAAUGUCGUCGCGCGAGAAGUCUCGACCCUGCAUGGCAGGCUCGAAGUUGUGGAUAGCAGCGUCGAGGAGAUCGGCAAUGAACUUACAGUUCAGGCAGCGAGCGUCGGGAGAGAUGAUGGCAAACACGAACUCGCCGCCACGACCAUUCGAGAGGUUCAAAAGGAACUCGAGUCUCGCCUCUCCAACGACAAGAUAUCUGCUCUGAUCGAUGACGCCAUCAAGAAGCAUUGGCGGGUCGAGAGAGAAGCUCUGAGAGAUCCUCUCGAGAAACGCAUCGGCGGGCUCGAAGCACAGCUUGGUGAGAACAAGAAAGAGUUGGCGAGCGAGCUCGACGCCAAAACACGCGACCUCGCAGAGGAUGUCAAAAGUCGCCAAAGAGAACUGGCCGAGAGCGCGGGGAAGAUCAUCGAGAGCCAGAAGGCGAUCGACGCCCUGAUCGAUGACGAGGUCGAUCAAAUUCGCAAGUUUCGGCCAGGCACGAUCACCAGAAUGCAACAGGAGAUCGAGCGUCUCGAAGAGGAACUCAAAAGCAAGCGAGGAGAACUCGAAGAGCGAGACAAGCGCAUCCACUCGUUGAACAUCGAGCUCCAUGGCCUCCGUGUCAUCGAGGAGAACGAGGGCUACUCGAGAGAGCAACUCUCCAAAGUCUUUGAAGAAAAUCAAUCCCUCCGCACAAAACUCGAGGAUCGAAACGCGCUCGAGCUCGAGCGCGACGAGUUGCGAAGCCGCGUGGAGGAACUCGAAAAGGUCCAGGCUCUGUACCGCGCAGGGCAAGAGAUCAAGCGCGAUGAAGGUGAACUUCACCGCGAGUUAACGGAUGCUCGGGGCGACCUCGACAAAACAAAGGCUUCGCUCGAGGGCGCUCGGAGCGAAGUCAAACUCCUCAAAGGCGCGAAGAGAGAUCUGGAAACGCGCCUGGACGCGCUCAGGAGCGAGAAGGAGGAGCUCGCAAAGAAGGCGCGCGAUGCCGAGGCAGACAGAGAUGAGAAGAAGAACCUCCUCGAGGAUUAUCAAUCGCGCGAGCAAGAACUCAAGGAUCGUGACUCGGCGCUAAAAGAAGAACGGUGCGAGUGGGAUCAAAAGAAGCGAGACGAGCGCGAUGACCUCGAUAAAGAGUUGCAGAAGCAGCGAGAAGACGAGCUUGAAAAAUUGCGGGUCGAGGCCCGCGCGAAGGCGCUAGGGGAGCACACCAACGAGAUCCGAAAGCUCAAGGAUCGUAUCGCCGAACUCGAGCAAGAAAUAGCCCGACUCGCUCCGAUGGAGAAAAGCCUCGAAGAUAUGACGCGAUGCUACAACGAGAUCUGUGAGGAACGCGUCGAGUGGCUCGCUAAGCGCGAUGACCUCGAUAAAGAGAUCAAUGGGCUCGAGGGGAACCGCGCGUGCCUCGAGAGCCAACUCGCGGAGCUGCUGGAACAAAAGACUACGAGGGAAGAAGCGCUCGCGCAGCUCGAGGGUGACAUCGGGGAAAAGACUGGAGAGUUGGGGGAAGUGAGAGGUCGGCUCGAAAAGAUCGAGCAGCAACUCGAAGAAACGCAGCGCGCGCUCGUGGUGGAUCGAGCAGCGAGGGAGGAGCCGCUGCAUCGACCUGUGAUCGCGGUGGAGGGCACGAUGCCGCAGAAGAAGCAGAUCGAGCGCGACUGGUUGAAGGGGGUCAAGGAGAGGAUUCGACAGGAGGGUUUCGUCUUCCCCGAGCGCCUCGUCGACUCGUUUCACACCUCGCUCAAGAUCGCGCGGUGGGCGCCGUUGACCGUCAUGGCUGGGGUGAGUGGGACAGGCAAGAGCGAGCUCGCGAGGUUGUAUUCGCGCUUUGGCGGGUUGCAUUACCAGAUGGUCUCGGUCCAGCCGAAUUGGGACAGCCCACAGGAUUUGCUCGGUUUUUUCAAUUACAUGGACAACAGCUACCAGGCGACCCCUUUUGUGCGCGCGCUGACCCAGAGCCAGCGUAAAAGGGAGGAUCGCGAUGGCUUCGAGCGCGAGCUCCUCCUCGUCCUGCUCGACGAGAUGAACCUGGCGCGUAUCGAGCUCUAUUUUAGCGAGUUCAACAGCAAGCUCGAGGCGAGGCGAGGGCUCUCGGACGAGGAGAAGAUCGCGAUCGAGGUGAACCUCGGUGGCGGGUACUCGACCGAGCUGACGCUCCCGGACAACGUCCUCUUUGUCGGGACGAUGAACGAGGAUGAGACCACGCAAACCCUCUCGGACAAGAUCCUGGAUCGAGGCAACGUCAUCUCGUUCCCUCGCCCUCGCCGCCUCGAGAGUCGUGACUCCACGAGAGCGCUCGAGCGCUACGACGAGCGCAUCCAGAAAGAGAGGUGGAGUUCGUGGAUCAAGCACCCUGGCGGCGAGAGCGCGCCAGGCUUUGGGGUCGAGGCGCGCGAAAACCUUCGCGACGCGCUCGACGCGAUCAACCAGGCGAUGUCAGGGGUCGAGCGCGCCAUCGGGCACCGCGUCUUGCAAGCGAUCGAGGCGUACGUGACCAAUCACCCCGCCGUCGCGAGCGCGAAUGCUUCAUCAGAUGAUGCGUGGCGGCGAGCGUUCGAGGAUCAGCUCAUGCAAAAGGUCAUGCCCAAGCUCCGCGGCGUCGCCACAGACACGAGGUCCGGGCGCGCGUGCCUUGGCGAGAUCGAGGACGUGCUACGCGAGCGCGCUGGCGGGAUCGUCGAGGACUUCAACAAAGCUCGCGAGUCAUCUCAUGGCUCCUUCGUGCUGCGCAGCGCGGAGUACCUCACCAGGGAGGAUGGUUGA